AUACGCGUCACGAAAGAAAUCAUAAUUGAUUGUCAUAGUUUUGUCUUUUGACAUAUCUUAAAUUUUGUCAAAGUCUUUAAAAUAUAUUAUUAAAAACGAACACAGCGUGAUUUCGUUCGUAAACCGAUUCAAGAUUAGAACUUUAUUAUAGCGUAGGAUUUAUUUACAAGUGAUUUGACAUUCAUGUCGGAAUUUGAUGUAAUCAAACUAAUGGUCUGAAAAUAUGAGUACUGAAAUAGAGCCCCAUAUAACCAAAAAGUAUGAAAUCAAGAAGCGGCUCGGUAAAGGGGCAUAUGGUAUUGUAUGGAAAGCAAUUGAUAGGAGAACCGGUGAGGUUGUUGCAGUCAAAAAGAUCUUUGAUGCCUUUAGAAAUCAGACAGAUGCACAGAGAACGUUCAGAGAGAUUAUGUUCCUACAGGAAUUUGGAGACCAUGCUAAUAUAAUCAAAUUACAUAAUGUCAUAAAAGCAGAAAAUGAUAAGGAUAUUUAUUUGGUCUUUGAAUUUAUGGAGACAGAUUUACAUAAUGUAAUUAAGAGAGGGAAUAUACUUAAAGAUGUACACAAGAGAUAUAUUAUGUACCAGUUACUCAAAGCCACCAAGUACUUACACAGUGGGAAUGUAAUACACAGAGAUCAUAAGCCUUCAAACAUUUUGUUGGAUAGUGAGUGUGUAAUGAAGGUAUGUGACUUUGGCCUGGCAAGGUCACUGUCUCAGAUUGGUAUAGAUGCUGAGACGGGUGAUCCUAAUUUAACAGAAUAUGUAGCAACUCGAUGGUACAGAGCUCCAGAAAUUCUCCUCGCAUCACACAGGUAUACCAAAGGUGUAGAUAUGUGGAGUUUAGGGUGUAUACUUGGUGAAAUGUUGGCGGGAAAACCAUUAUUUCCUGGCGCUUCCACAAUAAAUCAAAUAGAGAAAAUAAUGACAUAUAUUGCAGAACCUUGUAGAGAAGAUAUAGAUAGUAUUAAAUCUGCAUAUGGUGCCUCAGUAUUAGAGAAAGCUGCCUCUAGAGGAAAGAAGUCAUUGGAAUCAUUAAUACCAGAUGCACCUAAAGAUGCAGCAGAUUUAGUACGAAAACUUUUACAUUUUAACCCUGACAAAAGAAUAACUGCUGACGAAGCAUUACGACAUUCAUAUGUAGCUAGAUUUCAUAAUGUAUCAGAAGAAAUAGGAUUAAAUUAUGAUGUAGUUCCACCUUUAAGUGACGACACACAACUGACUGUCGAUGAAUACAGAAGUAAACUCUAUGAGAUGAUUAUGCAGAAAAAACAGGAAAGACGGCGAAAGAGACAUGAAAUGAGAAGUGCACCACAGCCCACACGACACAAAUCUAGAACUCCAGAGGAACCUCCUCCAAGCGAACCCUACAAUCGUGAAAAUGAAUAUGACAAAGGGGCAGAGCCCAAAAUAUAUUACAAAGGUCAUCCAUCAGAAGGUCAUCCACACUCAGCUCCACAUCAUCAAUCAUCAUUUUCAGCAUUCGGAAGAACAACACAUGAACAGCCACCAAGGUCACGGUUACAAAGCAGACAGAAAACCAGUAUUGGAAACAAUGUUCAGCAUUCUAAUAGUGCCACAGCUGUUCAGCCAGAUCCUUAUCCACCUAUGUCAAAAAACAGACACACCUCAGCUCCGACCCAAAGCAGGGCAGGUAGACCAACGUCAGGCUUGUAUAGAGGACCAACAAUUACUAGAGACGAAAAAGCUGGUGCAUUGAGUGUCACCAGUUCAAGACUGGUACCUGGUUCUAGACCAAUAUCAGCUCAAAAUAAGCCACAACAAAAGCCCAUCUAUGGAAGGAAACAGUUCAGUAAUGCUACAAAUGUGCCGUCUGCUGGGGCCCCUAAGGAUUACUUUGGUAGUUAUGCCCAAGAUAUUGGUACAAUCACAUCGUCAGGCUUGGCUGCACUGCAGGGUAAAAAGGCCUAAAAUGUCACAAAAUUGUCUUUCAUAAAACUUUGAAGCAUGCUCUUUAAUGUCUGAGUUGAACUCAGUAUGUUGACUGUCUUUAAUUAAAAAUAUACUAUUCACUAUUCAAAAAGAAAGAAGAAACAUUUAUUGUGUGUUUGACACAGAUGAUUGCUAUGUAUUACCAGUUGAAAUAAGUGUGGAAGCAGAGAUAUGUAAAAUGCAAAAAAGGUGCCAAUAUAUAAACACUAGGUGUUCAGAUAAGAUUCUGCAUACAUAUCACUCUGUGAAAUGGCUUUGUAAUCACAAUAUUUUGUUAUCAAUAUUUUCCUCUUUGGGGAAAUAUCUACAUAUAGAGCAUUUAGUUCGCUGGAAAAAAAUAUAAAUUACAAAUUAUUUUUCACUGUUUGAAUGUGCACAAUAUGAAAAAUUUUCAUCAUGUAAUAUAUGAGUUCCAGAGUGGUAGCUGUGUAGUUCUAAGUGUAAUGAAAUUUACCUGUGAUGCUGAACUAAAGUGAUACCAAUAUUUCAACUAUCAACCAUAUUUUUAUUUGUUUUAAAUUGUAAUUUUGAUGAUGUUUUUUAAUGUUUUCAUUAUAUUCAAAUAACAUUCCAUUACUGUGUUACAUAUAUCUAAUGUCUUGGUUGUGAAUGAUAAUCUUCAAAGACUUAACCUGCAUUAUAUAGAUCCAGAACAUAUUUCCAUAUUCAGUUGUCAAAUUUUCAUUCAAUAAAUAAUGUUUUUGUAUGAACACCAUUUAGGUAAGGUUGAGGAAUUUGAGCUCUAGAUAAUUAAGAUUAAGGGCUUUGUGGGAAUUUCUUGACGAAAUAAGAACAUGUGCUAAUAAGAUGUAUUUAUAAAACUCUACUUCAUUUAAGAUUUAAAUAAUAUAAUAUAUUAAAAAAACUGGUAAAAUGCACCUACUUUAGUUUUUCUUUAUAAGAAAUCAACAAAAACAAUUGAUGAUUAUAAAUAAAAUUUCGGAAAUUUAAAAUAAAAUAAAUGUUUGAAUACUCAUGUCCAUUUUAUCUCAUGUAUAACAUUGUGUUCAAAUUCACACAUGCCAUGAUAGUACUAUAGUCAUCAUUGAAGGCAUAAAAUAUAUUUAUCUUUAUUGUUAAUUCUGAUACAAGUCAUAUUUAUCUAAUUUUUGAAUAUGUGAUAUAUAAAAUCUGUGAUGUCAAAGAUGUCAUAAGACUUGAUCCUAAAUCAUUUUCUAUAUAUAUUGAAGUGUUCAAAUGUCAUCAUGAUGAAGUAAUCCUAUGUGUUGUCUUUUCAAAAUGUAUAUAUUAAUGAUGGAAGGAUCAGAUGAUAACUAAAAGCUUUUUGAUCAAAAUAAUGACAGAUACUUCUCUCACACUGCUGACAAGGAGAUUUUCUAUAAAACCUGACACCAAUUACUUAAAAAAUUCAUGUAAAAUCAAAUUCAUUUGUUUCAUAACAUUUUGACUACUAUAAAUAAUACAAUAAGACAGGUUUUUUUUCGUUAGGGUUGCUGUCUCAUUGAGGAAAAACACAUAAAGUUCUUUAAAACAUAAUAAUUGUCUUGCCUUGUUUCCUUUGAAGAUUACCAAAGACUGGGUUAUCUGAACAUACAUUUAAGCUUCUUAUUAUUAAUGCAGAAACUGUAACAAAAAUCAGAUGUUGAAUAAGGGUGCUAUAAACAGUUUCGUAUAAAAAACUAGGGGUUAUUCCCCAACUAAAAAUAGACAUGGAGGGAAGUCCCUUUUUAUCAACAUAAUUGGUGAAAAAGUAUCAUGUUUUUUGUAUUUGGUUGUAAAGAUAUGUUAAUUAACUUCAAUUAAAACAGGUUGAAUGAUUAAAAUAAUUUAAAAAAAUAGAUUAAAUAUUCAUGUUUUGAGGGGAGACAACACUGUAAACAGUCUGUUUUUUUGGCAGUGAAAAUUCAAAACUUAUUUGCAGCCACUGUAGCUCUUUUCGGAGCAGGCAAAUGAAGCCUAAGGCAUGAAUUUUUUGAAAGACCAGGUAAAAAUCUAUGAAAUUUAUACAACUUUGAUUAUGAAAAAUGUGCAGGUAUCAUGUCUUCAGGGGUGUGCACAUGACCUGAUUUCAGAUUUUUUAAGCUUAAAUUAGGCAAUGUUUUUCCCAGUUUCUCUGUAUAAAACUUUUUUAUACUAUUAAAAGUACACUUUUUUUUAUUCCAUUAUAAACUAGAGAACAUUCUGAUUCCAGUGAUAUCUAGUUUUAUACAGGUAUCUUUAUUAAUCAGUCCACCACUAAGGGUCACUUAUACAUGGUACCUCAAAAUAUGACGUCAUAGAAAAAAACUGUUGAUUGCACCCUAAGAAAUAUGUAAAAUGUACCUCACUGGUACCAUUCCAUUUUUAUUUAAUUAUUUUUAUACUAGAAUUUCUACAGGGAAUUUUUUAUCGAGUAACUGAUAUACAUUUGUUGUUCGCUUUGGUGUUUUCACUUGCCUUCAUAUAUAUAACUGCCUCAAGAAAAACAAAUUGUUUUCAGUCACAUAGUUCCAAGAAAACUAACAAUAAUUAACAAUAUUAGAAUAAGAGGAAAGAGAGGAACUCUAUUAAUUUAUUGCCAAUGCUGAUUUUCAGAGAUAUAGUUCUAAAUGUUUGAUGAACAAUAAUGGAACAUGACAAAAGAGUGGAACACUUUGUUAAUUUAUUGCCAAUGCUGUGAAUCAGGAUACUGAUUGAAGUUGUUAAAUGAUGUUUAUAUGUUUAAAACCAAAUUUUGUUUGUUCUGUCAAUUUUAUAUGACAGGAGUAUGAAUGAAUAGUUGUGAUAUUGAAAACUAAUCCAUCCAGAUUUUGUGAUCCGUCCAGUAUUAAUGUGUUGUAACCAUUCCAUCCAACUGAACGUUCCAGUAUUUUUUCUACAUAGUUUAUGAUUAUUUUUAUUCACGUUAUCAUAUUUAUUAUACAUUAAAUCAUUUAUUUCUAUGUAAAAUCCAUCUAUUUGUAAAUAGUAUAGUUUAGAUGAAUUGCAUUUUAGAUAUAGAAAGUAUAAGAGGUCAUUGGCUGUACCAUUUUAUCUUGAUACUAAAGAGGUCAUUGGCUGUACCAUUUUGUCUUGAUACUAAAGAAGUCAUUGACUGUACCAUUUUGUCUUUAGACUCGUUCUGUAUUUGUUUUUAGAAAGUAUCAGCAAGAAAAUGCAAACCUGACUUGUAACAAAUAAAUAUGUGAUGACUUUCACCUAACCAACCUUUAAUAUUUUUAUUAGUGAACAAAUUUAGUGCUCUUUUUUAUAACGAAUGUCCCAUGUGCCAACUAAAGAUAGUUUUAUUCUAAAGUUAAAACUAUAGCUAGAAUAAAUUAAAUCUGAUAAACCAAUGAGAUCUUGUCAAAUAUUUUAUUUCAAUUUAGUUUUUUCGAAUUUUACCUUCUUAAUUUAAAGGAUGAGUUAAGAAAUUUUGCCUCUUUCCAACUGCUUAAUAUUGACAAGGGUAUUGAUAGGAUCAAAUUUAUAUGUGAACUGAUAUCUAAUAUAAUGUAAAAAUACUCAUUUAUACUAGGUCACAAUAUGAUUCCACAAGAAGAUUUAAAAAAAGUAAUAAAAGGGCAUUUCAAAUUAAGUGGACUUUAAAGAAAACAAUGUCAGUCUAAUUUUAUUAGCUAAUUUGUAUUCCAGCUAUUUGAUAAUCAUCUUUUUUAUUUCUCAAUCUUAGGUGAAAGAUUAAGGAUGUGGUCUGGGUUCCUAGUAUGUUUUGACAUGGGUUUGAACAGUUAUUGAUCUAUUCGUCGCUGGGCUUCUAAAAUGUUGUAUAUGACUUUUUUGACUAAAAAUACUUUUUGACACCAAUGGUCUGGGCGGGAGGUAAUCUUUGGUAUUACAAAGUAGCAUACAGUUGGACCAACCAAAAUGUGUGAAAUAAUUCAUAUUACAAAAUUGCCGAUGUCAGUUGUUUGUAAAGUUUGCUUCCAAAAUGUUAUAUGAAAACUUGAAAAUCGUUGCAGAAUGGCUUUGAGAGAAAAAAAUAAUUGUACAUUUCUUUAUUUCUGGGAAAACAAUUAAAGUUCUUGGAUAAUCCAGAAAUGUUAAAGUAUUUAUUUCACUGCUAUUUACAAAAAUGUUCAAGUUCUCAUACGACAUUUUGGAAGCAUGCAUUUUGCCAAAAUUUUCAAAGCCUAUUUGUGAGAAAAACAAUUCUUGAAAAAUUUGUAAUUUACAACAUUUUAGAAGCCCAGCGACAUAAUGUUUUUCAAAGAUUAAGGUUACAGUAUAUCAUUGUAGUAAAACUCCUUCUUAAGGAUUUUUCUUGUCAUGUUUUGGAAUUUCUGUCAGAUUUUUCCGAAUCUUCUGGUUUUAUCCAAAAAAAAAUAUUGCCCAUGAACCCCAAUUUUUCUUUUUAUAAAUCUUUAACAUGUAUAAUUUUAAGACUUUUGUAAAAGUCUUGUAAAAUUUUAUUCAUUUUUUAAUAGUAUUUGAGAACUUGAACUGGUCAAUGAUAAAGCUAUGAAAAAUCAAGAGAGAAUAUUUUCCCGCCAAAAUUCCAAAGGCAAAUUUCUUGAAAAUAAGCACACUGACCCCUAUAUUUUUUGGCUUUUUUAUUUCCCAAUCCCUCCCAUAUCAAUUUGUACUAGUUUAAUGAAAAGUUAUUUAUUUUGAAACUAAGCAGUGAACAUCCUUAAGUUAUGUUCUUUUCAUGGGGGAUGUUCAACAAGAUUUUUUCCUGUCAUGUCUAUAUGCUAACCUUUGCAAAUUUGCAUUUAAUUUAAAAAUUAUCUUUUAAAGUCGGAGUAUCAAAGGGACAAGAGGUCAAUGUUCAGAAGUAUGACAUUGAAAUUUUUUAUUAUAAAUGAAAGGAUAUAAAUAUUGAAUUUGCUAAAUAAUGAAUCUAUGAGGUAGAAUUUAAUUUAUGGUAGUAUACAUAUUUUUAGAGGCCAGCUGAGAGACACCUAUGGGUGCAGGAAUUCUCGCUACAUUGAAGACCCAUUGGUGGCCUUCGGCUGUUGUCUGCUCUAUGGUCAGGUUGUUGUCGCUUUGACACAUUCCCCAUUUCCUUUCUCAAUUUUAUUUUUAAUAUCUAAUAUGCUACAUGUUUUGAUUUGUUCAACAACAUAUGUGAUGCAUGCCAAUGAUCUACUGUACUUUGAAAUGUAUCAUUUUAUCUGUUGAUUGUCUUGAUCAUUAGUUUAAUUUUAACUGAAAGAAGAACAUUCCCAUUAAAACCUGAGAUAUAAAAUAAAGGUGGAUGAUAUAGUUA